CCCUGCAGAGCAGGCGUUUAAGGGCAUGAGACCUUUGCUGGGUGCCAACCCGGUGGACUCCACCGGACUUUGUUCCCUUUAAGUGGAGCUGCACAUCCCUCGAGCGGCGUAACCCUGCUCUCUUGUGGGAGCCGGCCUGAGAGCGAGCCUGCUGUAAUGUGACUCCAGUGCCAGCCAAGGCAAGAGAGAGAGAGGAGCGCCUCUUGCAAUCUAGCUGAAUGCUUUGAUAGAGAAUAGCAGACAUGCUUUGUGGGCUGAAAAAGGAUUUGCAGUCAGAUUUUGAUGAUGGCCCUUAUUCCAAAGGCAGCAAAGAAUCAGGUGGACUGGACACGGCUUUGGUCUCACGAAGGCAAAGUAUACCAGAGGAAUUCAGAGGCAUCACCAUUGUGGAACUGAUUAAAAAAGAAGGCAGCACCCUUGGAUUAACUAUAUCUGGUGGCACAGAUAAAGAUGGGAAACCAAGAGUCUCCAAUCUGAGACCCGGAGGGCUAGCAGCAAGGAGUGAUCAGCUAAAUGUUGGUGACUACAUCAAGUCAGUGAAUGGGAUUAACCUGACCAAACUGCGGCAUGAUGAAAUCAUAAGCCUGUUGAAGAAUGUGGGGGAAAGGGUAGUAUUAGAGGUUGAAUAUGAGCUACCCUUAGCUGCCCCAGAGAACAGUGCUGGCAUCAUUCCAAAGACCAUUGAAGUGACUCUGUACAAAGAAGGAAACAGUUUUGGAUUUGUUCUGCGAGGAGGAGCCCAUGAAGAUUGGCACAAAUCCAGGCCAUUAGUAUUGACAUAUGUUAGGCCAGGUGGCCCAGCAGACAGGGAAGGGUCCCUGAAAAUUGGGGACAGGCUGUUGAGUGUUGAUGGGAUUCCCCUUCACAGUGUGAGCCAUGCUGAUGCCCUGAACAUCCUCCGCCAGUGCAGCCAGGAGGCGCUCUUCCAGAUUGAGUAUGAUGUCACCAUAAUGGAUACGGUUGCCAAUGCUUCAGGCCCUUUGCUAGUGGAAAUUGCAAAGACUCCGGGCUCUGCACUAGGAAUCACGCUAACAACAAACACCCAUCGGAAUAAGCAGGUUAUAGUCAUUGACAAGAUCAAGCCAGCCAGUGUGGUAGACAGAUGCGGAGCCUUGCACAUUGGUGAUCACAUCCUUUCCAUUGAUGGCACCAGCACGGAGCACUGUUCCUUGUUGGAGGCCACCCAGCUCUUAGCUGCAACUUCGGAAAAUGUCAAGUUGGAAAUACUGCCUGCUCAUCAGAGUAGGCUUCCCCUCAAGCCUCCAGACACGGUCAAAGUGCAGAAGAGCGACCACCACCAUUGCUGGGAUCCUUGUGUCAGCUACUGCCAUACCCACCACCCAGGGCACUGCAAGAUGCCCAGCUGGAACCAGACGUCCAGCCAGGAUUAUUGCAAGUCCCUCGUAGCAGCCAACUUCGCAUCUCCCACAAUGAACACUUCAGGGUUUGCCUGCCAGAAUUCCAAUACUCUACCUCGGUGCAACCAUCCCAUGAGCCCACGGGCCACCAUGAUGAGGAGAAGACAGAGGAAGAAGGAGCACAAAAGUUCACUGUCCUUGGCCUCCAGUACGGUGGGUCCUGGCGGGCAGAUUGUUCAUACAGAAACAACAGAGGUGAUUCUGAGAGGCGACCCCUUGAAUGGCUUUGGACUGCAACUUCAAGGGGGGAUCUUUGCGACGGAAACCCUCUCCUCUCCACCUCUCAUCCGAUUUAUUGAGCCUGACAGCCCAGCAGAAAGGUGUGGGCUCCUACAAGUUGGAGAUAGAGUGCUUUCUAUCAACAGCAUUGCAACAGAAGAUGGAACAAUGGAAGAAGCCAAUCAGCUCUUGCGGGAUGCAGCACUUACUAACAAGGUUGUUCUGGAGGUUGAGUUUGAUGUGGCAGAAUCUGUCAUUCCCAGCAGUGGUACCUUUCAUGUUAAACUACCUAAGAAGAGAGGUGUGGAGCUUGGGAUUACCAUCAGCUCAAGCAGAAAGUCCGGGGAGGCUUUAAUUAUCUCUGAUAUCAAGAAGGGGAGUGUAGCACACAGGACUGGCACCUUAGAGCCGGGAGACAAGCUGUUAGCCAUUGAUAAUAUCCGACUCGACAAUUGUUCAAUGGAGGAUGCAGUGCAGAUUUUAAAGCAGUGUGAAGAACUUGUCAAAUUGAAGAUCAGGAAGGAUGAGGAUAAUUCUGAUGAACAAGAGACAUCUGGUGCUAUUAUCUACACAGUAGAGCUGAAGAGAUAUGGCGGGCCUCUAGGAAUAACUAUUUCAGGGACGGAGGAGCCUUUUGACCCAAUAGUCAUUUCAGGCUUGACAAAACGAGGGCUGGCAGAAAGAACUGGAGCCAUCCAUGUAGGAGACCGGAUAUUAGCUAUUAAUAAUGUAAGCCUUAAAGGGAAGCCACUGAGCGAAGCCAUUCAUCUACUCCAGGUGGCUGGAGAGACUGUAACCCUGAAGAUCAAGAAGCAAACAGAAAGAACUUAUCCCAAAAAGUCUGGGAGUAUGAAUGAAGUGAGUGACCCGGAAGAUGACUUGACUGACUCUCAGAAAACAAGCAAGCUCUCUGAGAUCUACUCCACCACCAUUCCUAGUGUGGACAGUGCGAUGGAAUCAUGGGAUGGUUCUGGCAUUGAUGCAGGUUAUGGAAGCCAGGUAGGUACAUACCUACCUCAGGCUGUUGGCAUUGCUCUUCAUCCGCACGAGUGGAGAUCCAGCAGGCAGAAGAGCAGCACCCCUCCUGGGGACCCCAGGAAGAGUUACCCCUUUAUGGAUGGCAGUUUCAGUGAGGAUGACUGGGAGAAGCCCAGCAGAUAUCCCAACCGCCAAAAUGGCCUUGAGACGGCACAGGAGGAUAAUUUUUGGCGUGUUUUUGGAGAAGCUCUGGAGGACUUGGAAACAUGCGGCCAGUCUGAACUUUUGAGGGAAAUUGAGGCAUCCAUCAUGACUGGGAGUGUACAUAAUUUGGGCCUUGAUGGGGGCAAAUUGCUCAUGAACUCUGUGAACCAGUCAGGACUGAGCCCACCAAGAAAUUGCAAGAGCUCUGGUGAUGGGCAGGGCAGCCAUGUCACUCCCAGCAAGAAGAACGACAGGAAUUUGGAGAUUAAGAUGAUGAAGGAAGAGAUUCAGGAACUCGUGUCUCCAACUCCUCUUGAGCUGCACAAGAUGACUAUCUACAAAGAUCCGGAGACUGAAGACUUUGGGUUUAGUGUCUCAGAUGGCUUGCUGGAAAAAGGCGUCUACGUGAAUAUGAUCCGUCCAGAUGGCCCAGCUGAUCAGUGUGGACUCAAGUCCUAUGACAGAGUCCUUCAGGUAAAUCGCAUCCGCACAAGGGACUUUGAUUGCUGUCUGGCUGUUCCUCUGAUCUCUGAGGCCGGAGACAAGCUGGAGCUGGUCAUCAGCCGGAAUCCCCUGGCCUUCCCUGCCCAGGCCCAGCUAGAUGAGGAGAGGGACUUGCCCAGCCAGCAGCCUGCAGGUCUGGAGGGAAAAGCGAACACGCAGACGCUCUGAACGGUGGCAGGCUGGGCGCCAGCUGUCCUUGAAGCCCUGCAAGGAGCGAGGGGGUUAAUGGGUGUCUGUUGGGCUUCUUACAUUUUUCUUUUGCACUGGUGUUUGUGCUUACUCUGUGUCAUGUAACUUGCCAUGAAGAACUGGGUUUCCAGUUAGUUAUAUCUUGAAGCCAAGCGGCCUGGGCCUUCAAGGUCCAAGCUGAGAUAGAUGGAACAGCUUUGACCUUGCUUAACACAAAGCAAAGCAGGUUGCUGAAAGCAAGAAGCUGCAUCCAGGGUAAUUCACCCGUGACCGAGAACACGCUUUGCUCCCCAGCGUGUAGGGUUAUGGGGUGCGGGCCAUCCGAUCACCCCGGUCUGAAGGGCUUGGAUACACGGUGCUAUUUUUGUUGUGUGUUUUGUUAAAUCCUGUACAGUAAAUUAUAAAAUUAACCACCUUGUUUCUGUGAAAGGCACCCCACUCUGGCCUAUGGUGUUUUCGUGAGCCACUGCAGGCACCUGUCCGUUCUCCAUUUCACGCUCACUCCCUCUCUGAUCACAGUGCCACACUGAAGUCCCUUCAAAAUCCAGAGCAGAUUUGACUCGCACGUUCUAUGAAAACUGAGCCUGUGGUCGCAGGAAGUGCAGCUCAGGCACUCCCAUCCCUUCCUCUGCCACACUGGAAGCACUCAUUUUGUGGGAUGCAUCGUUAACACCGCUGCCACUAUUUGAAUUCAAGGCAGAAUUUAAAGUGCUUGGAAAUCACUUAAUGUAGGACGCAGCAUGCAAAAGAGCAGCUUUCCAGUCACCUUGUGUGCACACACUGGGCACCAGAGCACGCCCUUGUCUUGUGAGUGAUCAGUUUGUCACUCCGUCCAACCUCUUGGCCCUGCCCCCAGUUUUUCAUGUGUGGUGGUGAUGGGGGAGGACUUGUACCCCUUUGUCACUGUUUAGCAUGAGACAUCCUCUGCUAGAUCGAUAUUGUGUCCCCGGGUGCACCCUCUGUGGGUCGUCUUCGUGCAAGUACAAGUGUGUGCGCGUGUGUUUUAUCACUAAUGAUGUUUGACACCCUGUUGUAACCGGCCAUAGCAGCAGCCCCAAGUUUUCAGUAGUUACCUUCUCCAUGCCUUGUGAGCACGAUGCCUUUGUGACCCUCAGUCCUGCAUCCGCAUCCCCACAACCAGAUCCCCUUGUAGUGAUAAUGAGUGUGAUAUUCACAUUCACUGAACAAUCUGCCUACAGCAAACAAGUUGGACAGCAACCCUGCUCGCGUUAUCUUCCUUUCACAUGGCAAAAAUGCUGGAGAGGAUUUGCUAACCUCUCAGUGGCCAGUACCAUUGCUGUGCUGGAGUUUCUGGAAUAGCACUUUAUUGUGACAGUUUUUAAUUGACCCCCGUUUGGGAACUUGCCCCAGUUCCUGAUGUGGGAAACUGGCUCCUCUCUUCCUUUAUACUCUCCUCGUUUUUUGCUUUUCUUUGUGCUGUCCUGAUGCAUAUUGAGAUGCCAUGUUUUGAUACAGGUUGGAAACCUUCACCAUUAGAUCAUACUAGGUCUGGAUUGGUUUCCUGCUCCAAGCCCAAGCCAAGCUGUGAUUGCAUCUUUCUUUUUUUGCUUCUUCACUUCUUGGGCCACAUCGAAGUAUCAGUGAUUUCCUUAAGAUGUGCAUGGAGUCCCACUGGGCUGUCUCUAGCUGUAGCCAUUCUCUCUUCUCAAAGUAUGCAAUAUUCCAUACCAUUGCUGCCAUAACCUAGAUAAUGUGCCAUAAAAGAAACUGCAGAGUAUUGACAGUUGAGCAGAAUAAGGGUUUUUAUAUGCAAUAUUGUCAAAAUGGCAGAAGCUCAAUGUGGCUUCAAAUAAGUUUUUAAUGAAGACUUUUCAUAAGGCUUAAAACUGGUCCUUGUAUCCCUUCCUAUGCAUUUUGAAUGAUAUGAAAAUGAAAUGCAUUACUUAAAUGUGUAUUUUUAUCCAUAUAUUAGAGUGUAUUCCUUGUAAAGUAUUUUUCUAUGCUAAUUUUCUUAUGUAUCUAUGAAAGCACAAAUAUUCAAAGAAUAUUUUAGUCCUGUUUUGGACCUAUUUGUAAAUCUCUGUAUUUAAACGGUAUUGCAAUUAGAUUUUUUUAAUUAAAUAAAACAAAAUGAAAA